AGGAGGCCUGGGUGCAGGGGGCGGGGCCUGCGGCCUGCGGCUGAGGCGGCCCGGCGGGGUCCGAGCAUCCCGCGGCUUCGGACCCGCCCGGCCGGGACAUGGCGAGCGUCCGGGCCUCCCCACGGGGCGCUCUGCUGCUGGUGCUGGCCGUGGCGGGGGUCGCGGAGGUGGCGGAGGGCCUCGCCCCCGGCAGCGCGGGUGCAGCAUGUUGUAACCAUUCAAAGGAUAACCAAAUGUGCCGUGAUGUAUGUGAACAGAUUUUCUCCUCAAAAAGCGAAUCCCGCCUAAAACAUCUAUUACAACGAGCCCCAGAUUAUUGUCCAGAAACAAUGAUGGGAAAAUGA